AUGCUGAUAUUUGGCUCAAACCUUUCUGCCGUAAAUAAUGUGAAAUCACUGUUGGGCAACAACUUUGAUAUGAAAGACCUCGGAGAAGCAAGUGUGAUUCUUGGAAUAAAAAUCACUAGGUCUGAGAAGGGGAUAUCCCUAGAUCAAUCACAUUAUGUGGAAAAGAUCCUAAAGAAAUACGGUUACUUUGACUGUAAACCUGCCUGCACACCUUAUGAUCCCAGUGUAAAACUGUUUAAGAACACUGCUAUCGCUAAAAUUGAGAAUCGUUUUUAUAACAGUAAAAGACGUCAAAUUAAAAGAAAGCACAGCACAGUGAGAGAGCUCAUCACUACAGGUGCUGUGAGAGUGGAUCAUGUACGCACUAAUGAUAACCUAGCAGAUCCUUUGACGAUAGGACUGGCUAGUGAGAAAGUCCAAAAUACAUCUGUCAAGAUGGGACUAAUGCCUAUGAAGUGA